GAUCCUGUGGUGGUAGCUAAGGUCUACAAGUGUAGUGACCCCGGGUUCUUUGUCUCUGGCGAACGCGCCAGGCUGUCGGUCUGCCAAGAGGGCAACUGGGCACCGGUUCACGAUUAUUGUGGAGGAGAAGAUUGCAUGUUGCCCAAAGACUGCUCCCAAGUCCUGGACGUUCCGAACGCCCAAGGCAGCUACAGGAUCACUCCUGAAGAAAGAAGCGACCUAGGAAUCACGGUCACUUGCAUGAACUUCGGAGGCGACGGCGGCUGGACGCUCGUGGCUCGCCAAAGCUCUGCCAACAAAGACGCUUAUAACGAGACGUUGCUCAAGAAAGGAUACGGAGUCGCGGCCAACUUAUCACAGAACUAUUUCAUAGGAAUGCAUAACUUGAUAGCCAUCAACCAAAAGAGCACCUUGGAACCGCGACCUCUCGUGUUUCUUUUUGUCAUUGAGGACAGCGUGAAAGGCAAUGUCGCAGCCACUUACUCAGAUGUUACCAUCCACAGCGAAACAUUCGCAAUCACCUUCGCGGGAAAUUUUUUUGGAAGUGCAGGUAACUGCUGGAAGAAUUUAUCGUCCAUUGCCCUACACCCACCUGACGCUCCUUCACAAUGCUCCGUUUUGAAGUUGCCCCUGUCCUGGGCUACGCUGACAAGCCCCCAAAAAAUAUCAUUGUACGUUCGUCCCAAGGAGCAUGAUUCAGGAGUCGCCUGUCCUGUGUUCCCACUCGACGUUUUCGACUUCCCCACGGCGCAGCUGAUGUUGCCGACGGAUCGGCUGCCGGGGAUGAAUAUAACGUACAUCUGCCCCGAGCAGUUCGUGGAGCAAAGUAAUAUCACACAGACGGGCAACGUCACCUGCAAGAAGGACGAGUCAACAGGAAGUCUCAGCUGGAGUCAUGAAUUGGUGCUUCCGUGCAAGUUGAACUGCCCUGCCGACUUCAUCAAAGCACCCAAUGAGACUCACUGCCUUCACUUCACUGACAUUCCGGAAACCUUCGGGGUGCACAGCGCGUCUUUGAGCUGCAGUCACUUGAACUCCAGCCUUAAUAUGCUUACAAAUACGGACGAGCUGACUGUGGUCCCUGCGGAUAAGUUAUAUUUCACGGGUCAUUACGUCAUCUCUCCCGGCAACGUCACGAUGAACCCAUCAAAUCAAUCUUACACUUGCCUCGAGCCAAGUCAGUGCCUGGACCGCUCGUUCGAUAAAUGCUUAAUGACGACCAAGGAUGGUUACCAGAUGGUCAACUGUGCUAACACGACUUUGAUGGCCAUGUGCAGACUUCCGGUUCUGUGUCCCCCGGGAUACACGAAAUACAGGUACCUCUGCUAUCGGCUGAUCUGCGAGAGUAUGCCUCAGUCUCUCUCCAACUACUUGGACAAGUGUCGAAGCGAAGGCUCGGCGCUGGCUUACCCAGAGACCAAGGACGUCUUGACUUUCUUACUCCAGAUGCUUGCGGAUAUGAAUUCGACAGCUGACCACAUCGAGCUGGGUCUCAAUGACUUGACAGGCGACUGGACGCAUGGAGGUCUUUACAAGCUAGACGCCGGCAUGAUGACCGCCGUUGGCCAGAGCAGCGUUGGAAAAAACUACAGGAAGCUGAUGGUCGACCCUCCUGGCCAACUCCAAGAACGCUCCUAUAUAGAUAUGAGUAUGACGGCGGGAUGCGGUGCUUGUCAGUACCUUGCCCUGGCCGAUUGUUGGCAAGACCCCGUGGCGCCCAUGGCGAACAUGGUCAGGGUGUGGGACGGCAGGAAGGACUUGAAGACUGUCGUCUCGUACAACUGCUAUCCUGGGUAUUUUAUUGGUGGGAGCCAAACACGGUCUUCGAUGACGUUCUCGUGCAUCGGGCAGCUGGGCAGUUGGUUCUCGAUGUUCCCCCUCAAGGAUUGUAUUCCGGUCAACGUGUGCAACAACCUGCCAACCUCCCCUCAUCCCGAGGCCGUCGUCGCGGAAACCAACACGUCCCGCUUCCUGAACGGCACCGUCAGUUUCACGUGUCCUGGAAAACUGACCACCGCCGCUGGACUGACCGUCCAGAACGCGACAUGCGUCGGAUCCGGUGGCAUGUUCUCCUUCGGCAUGAACUCCUUCUCCUACUCCUUCUCUCCUGCGGCUCUGGAACCCUGCCACGUUAUCUGUGCGGUCAUGCCCACGCUGACCAAUGCCACGACGAACUGGAAUAGUUCAGCUGUUUACAUCCAAGGCAGCGUGAUAAAUGGAACGUGCGAUCCAGGAUACAAUUUCGAGCUUUGGAAGACGGAGAAGAAUUUGACCUGCUUGGCAGAGGACCAGUGGGACAACAUGACCUGCUAUAAGGCUUGCGUAGGUGAUUUCCCCAUGGCCGGAAGUAACAUGACCGCAGGUAAUAUAACAGACAAUGCCGUGGGAUCCGUUGUUUAUUUCACCUGCGCCAAUGGCACCUACACGUCUGUCAACGAAACAUAUCCAGUCCCUAUGAACACAACUCCGGUGGAAUGUAGCCCUGAAGGAUUAUGGAUUCCUCAAGGCCCGUUGACUUGCGAAGUGUUAUGUCUGGACGACCCUCCAAGUGGGGAGCCACCGUUUGCAAGUGACUGGGACAACGUUAGCAGAUCUCAGGACACGCAGGUAACAGUGACAUGCGUCGGCAUGUUUCUUUUGGGUGAUCUCAAUAAAACCAGGACCAUCGGUUGCCAAGGUGGCCUGUGGACUGAAUUGGCGCCGAAUGACACUGAGUGUGUGGUCGGAACCUUAGACCCACCGUUCACUCCAGUACCUGGGGACAUCGGAGCUAAGCUGGAAGGACCCGGUCCACCGUAUCUUGAAGGCGCACAGAUGAACUACACAUGCAUGGAAGGUAAACUAGCUCCAAUGGGCGUAGCCUUUUACACUGUCACCUUAACUGCAGAUGGAUGGACUAAGGUUGACCCGGCGUUCAUUUGCUACAACGUAUCGUAUGAUCCUCCCAUCAUAAACGUGACAGCAGGAGAGCCUGGAGCCCUUAGCCUCCCUGCGACACCGUUUUUCGUGGGAAGCGUCGCCAAUUACACCUGCCCCGUGGACUCAAGUACUCCUGAUGGUUUGACUUUUUACGAACUCGUCUACCAACCAACCGGGUGGUCUUCCUUGCCAGAGGGGUUUAUUUGCUAUAACAUGACUUUCCUGCCCCCUGCUCUCCCUUCGUUCGCCUUGGGAGUGGGCACGCUGGUCGGGCCAGAUCCACCUUAUCCCAUGGGACAGAAACUGGAGUACAAGUGCUUCACCGGUUAUAUCAGCACCAAGAAGGACGCAGCUGGCCAAGUGGUCCACGUGACUUAUUUAGAAUACCUUGGUAAUGAAAAAUGGUCGCCCCUCGACCCGGAGUUUAUCUGUGUUGUAGGCUAGACCCUGUCAUAUACGGUUCGAUGCUGAUUACCGUCCUGCUGACAGGCGCCGCCAUCUGGGCAUUCCAGAGGGAUAAACAGAAGGACCAGUUCGUUGGGAAGAAGAUGCUGAAGUGGACG